CUGCGAAAUCUAACCAGGCAAAUAUGAAAACGUGGGGAGUGUAUUUUCUCCAUUACAGCAAGAGAAAUUAACUGGAUAAAGAAACUAGAUUUAGUUAUAUGUUAAUGUAUUACGUUACGUCUGUUCGGUUAACUGUAUAAAGCGCUCGUGUUAUUUUAAUCAUGGCACUUUAUAUGAAAGCGGCAGAGAUUCUUGAGAAAGUGGAGCAGAAAAAGGGUGCUGUGAAAACUUUGGUUUAUGACAGUAAAUUUCAAAAUAUCAAGCAACUCUUUGCACUUGUGUGUGAAACACAGAAAUACUCAUCAGUUCUGCAGGAGAUCAUCAACAGCACCAAGCUUCUGAAAGAAACAAAACUCCGGAUCCAUUUGGCCAAAGUGCUGGUGUAUGACCUGCUCAUCGGUCGUGGGGUGAAAUGUGGAGGCGCCUGGAAGUCCAUGAUGUUGAAGCAUCGCUCCAGAUUACAAUCUGCCCUGGCAAGAAUCAAAAUAAAAAAGAAAGUGAGUCGAAAUCAGGACCUGCUUCCCUCCGGUGUCCAGCAGGCUCAAGGUAAUAUAAUUCCUCGUUAUGUGCGAGUGAACACGCUGAAAACAACUCUUGAGGACGUCAUUGACUACUUAAAAAGAGAGGGAUUUUCAUAUCAAGGAACAACAAUGCGGCUUGAGGAUCUUGAUCAUCUGUCUGGGAAAACAUUUCUGCAUGAUCUUCAUCUCAAAGAUCUUCUGGUUUUCAGUUCAAAAACGGACUUCCACAAUCACUUCCUUUAUAAGGCAGGACACAUUAUAUUGCAGGACAAGGCCAGCUGUCUUCCUGCUUUCCUCCUAAACCCUCCGGUUGGCAGUUACGUCAUCGAUGCCUGUGCAGCUCCUGGAAACAAAACCAGCCAUCUAGCGGCCAUAAUGAAAAAUAAAGGGAAGUUGUUUGCCUUCGAUCUUGAUGCCAAACGUCUGUCCACCAUGAGCACUCUUCUCCUUCGUGCUGGGGUCACAUGUCAUCAGCUGGCCAAUCAGGAUUUUCUGAAAGUAGAUCCACUGAGCUCAGAGUACAAAGAAGUCAAGUACAUCCUUCUGGACCCCUCCUGCAGUGGAUCAGGGAUGGUUUGUCUACGAGACGAGGUCUCCGAGCCGCAGGAGGACGGGCGUCUGCAGGCGCUGGCUGCGUUUCAGCUGCACUGCCUCAAUCACGCGCUGCAGUUUCCUCAGGUACAGCGCGUCGUCUAUUCCACCUGCUCCGUCCACACACAGGAGAACGAGGAGGUUGUGUCGGCCUGCUUACAGCACAACCCUGGAUUCAGACUUGUCCAUCUUCUUCCGAACUGGCACGAGAGGGGUCACGACCCUUUCACCCAGUGCCUUCGUGCGAGCACAGCAAAAACACGGACACAUGGCUUCUUUGUGGCCAUGCUGGAGAGACGUCCCCUACAGACAGAUGGACAGAACCUCCCGAUGAUCACAACAUUACCAUUUGGUGGUGAGGAAAAGCAGGACACACCACAAUCCAGUCCAUCCGACGAGGAACAGGAGACCUCGCAGACUGCAAACGAACAACCUGCAAAUCCAAGCUCAAAGAAGAAAAGGAGAAACAGAAAGAAACACAAAAAGCAAGAACCCUGAACCUUUUAGUAUGGUGACUCUGCUCAGCUAAACUACCACUGGACACUGACCCCUGCUAUUAUUCAAAUGUAAUAAUAAACAAUAUAAAGUUAAUCCCAAGUUUUAGAUUAAUUGCAAAUACAUUGUGGGAAAUGUGGGAAUUAUCUGUCGUGCAUUGAACACAAUGAGCGCAACUGAAAUCCACUGCAAAUCAACUUUUAUCCAUUUUUAUUCAAAACCAGCAUCUCAUUAUCAGAGCAUUUAAGCAGACACAACACAAUCCAUGUGCCGCUUCAUCCAGCAAUCCACUCGCGCUUUGAGGGUUAGUGGGAAGGGUCAUUUACACACAAACUGUGAGCAUUCACUUACAGCAACAUCUUAAAAACAAACAACUAGAUACAACCGCAAAUCUCAAACAUUCACAGCUGGAGAUAUCCAGCGCACACCUCAUUUUCUCAACAGUCUACACGUCUCACUUGUAUUGGUACAGCUUUCUAAUAAACAGAAAGCCUGGUCCCAUGCCUCCUUGCAUCAGUCUGGGCAUGAGGAUGCUUCAAAAAUGUGAUUACAAAUUAUGUCGUUAAGACCUACAUGAGGAGUCGCAUGCAAGGGGGACUAGGGUGGCGC